CCACCAUUUCGCUGCGUAAAGUCUCCUCCCCGCGACCGCUACAUUCUGCGCCGAAACCCAGUCUCUCCCGGUCCGUAUUUUAACUUCUUCCCACAGACCUAGUGGUACCUCGUUGGGUACCGGGAGGCAGUUUGGAUUACUGGCAUCACGGAUUGAGUGCGAUUUUGCGCGGAUGACGAGUCCUUCAACGAGAAUUUAGUAAAAGAAAAUUGGUCGGAAAUUUCAGAUUAUGUGGAGGGGACCGUAAUUUCAGCAUCCUGGAAGUAGAAAGCACAGAAGAUCUGUGUCUCACACCACAGACAGGUGCAGUGUGUAGUCGGGGCAGCACAGAGGAAGGAAGCUCUGGGGAGGAGGCGGUGCGGCAGCACGCCUCUCCGGCUGUGGAUGUGCUGGGUGGCAACCCCCAGGCUGCACAGAAUGUGGCUGGGGAGUCACCUCGGCAUGCCCCGCAGCCGGUCGCAGCUGCCCCCCGCCCAGUCCCUCCGUUCACCAGUCCGUCCGCUGUGCCAUUGCCGAAGAACAGCAGCUCAGCGUUCCCCGGCAUGGAGAACGCCCCUCCAACCAGCUUGCCUGAGACUCUCCAAGUCAGCAGCGACUCUCAGGACAUCAUCUCAGAAGAGGUCCUCGCUGAGGAGAGCGUUGCCGAAGUUGACGGAGUUGCGAGACCCUUGCCAACAUCAUUCAUUGAGGACUGUAGUUCCUCUACUGAGAUGCAAAGGCUUCUGGCUCCCCUUCGUCCUCCUCUCGCAUCACAGAUUGACAGCACAGUGCAAGAGCUGCAAUACGGGUCACAAACUGGUAAAGACAAAAGCCACUCAAAUAGUCAGACGAACCAAAUCCAGCCACCUAGAGACGGUGCUGGACUUGUGCUUAUUACGGGGACAAAGGAGACACAGGCCGUCACCUUGGAAUAUAAACCAGAGACUGGAACAAAUAUGGAACUUGGUGGAAAAGAGCACACAGGCGGAAAUAUUCUCCUGCAACCCCAGUCCCAAAUCUAUUUCACAGUCACAUCUCCCUCGGUCCCACAAUCAAGCGUUGGUUUUAAAGUCACCACAGCACAUGGGGCUCUGGGGCAGUCUGACAGGGGUUCACUUGUCCACGCAAAUCAAGGCAGCCAUAUACGUCCAUCAGGUGCUGCGGAGCAGGCAGGCGGUCACCAGGACUCAAAACUGUGUGCGCUCCAUCUAUCCUCAGCUGAAAAUAGAGAGAUUAAACAAACUUACCUGUCAAAAACACAGCCGAAAUUCAUCCAGGAGAUCUCAAAUGAUGCCAGAGAAAUACAGAAUGCAAAUUCUUUGGGAUCAGUUGAGACCUUUGAGCAUGUUGAAGCAUUUGUUGACACUUCUCACAAAGAAACACAACCCCAUUCAGCUGAAAUACUUGAGAUCCCAAAGGCAAGAGAAUCACUUCCUGGAAAAGGAAGCUCAGUGUCCAGCAGUAACGAGGGGAUCCACAGUCCCCUCGAAGAAAUGCAGGUGGAGGGUAGUACGAGGGCAGAACAAAUUGACACGAGCACCUCCUUGUCUGACACCACAAUGCUGCCAGAGUGCUCCUCCUUACAGGAGAGUUCCUCAAAACCCUCCGCUGCGUCCUCCCUGUUUGACACAGGUCUAGUUGUCUCGCUGCAGCCAGGGGAGGUUAUUAAAGCAGGAACAUCUCAUACCUCUGAUCAAAUCCCCACAACACAGACAUCGCUGAUUGCUGAGCUUGUGCACACUGCCAAUGCUCAAGAAAUAGUGGUAGUCAGAGAGGAGGCUCAUAUCAGUGGGGACUGGUCUAACAUGCACCUGAAUCAGAGUUACCUCCUACAACGAGAAGAUGGAAGCGUCUGUGAAGCUGCCAUUGUUAACGAACUGAGCUCUGAACUCUCUACUGGGGAACCCAAGCUGUAUGAAGAAAGUGUUCAGGCAGAGAUGGAGUUAGACUCGCAGCCUGUGGAAGUGUAUGAGUUUUGCAGCCUGGUGGAGGAGGUUGCAGAGGAAACUGUCUGUGCCAGUAGUAGUGCACAGAUGCCUCAUUCUCCAGGAUACGAGGUGAACCUAUUCAACGCAUUACUAGAAAACUCUGAGGAGUACACUAUCAAAGAGGACCUCGAAACAGCUAUUCACACGGUUGGCGAAAGUGGCACCAUCAUAAUUUCCCAGCAGCCUUUGCCUUCAUCAAGUGAUCUAAAUGAAAUACAGGCUAGCUCCAACAAUAAUUCCCAUAAUUUGUCUCUACAAAACACAAGAGUAGCUGCAGUUGAACAGCAUUUGGUGUUAGAUGCUAACCAAGCUGUUGAAGUGGCGAACUCAAGUGAGGUUUGUUUAGUUGAAGUAGCUGCUGUUGCAUCUGACUCAUUCACUGUUGAACAGGCAGACACCAGUGCACAAAUCGGGACACAUUGUUCACAGGUCAGUGCAGCAGUCUCAGACCAAACAGAGGUGAAUGACUCUGCUAUAAUUCAGACAGUUCUCCCAAAACAGGAAACAAAAGCAACAGCUGCUUCGUUAUCUAUCUUAUCCCCAGUGGUUACUGUUUCUGGUGAGGACAUGGGGAUACAGUCGCCCGUUGCUGUUGCAGUGCACGUUUCUCAUGUAGAAAACCGGCCUUCCCUAAAUCAGACCCCAGGAAUCACUGUUGUAAGUGCCACAAAGCCUAAGGUCUGUGUUUCUUCUCAUGAAGGGACCAAAGAAACCCCUGCUAGGACAGAGACUCCAUCACACAGUAUUCAGAAUGUUGUUGUGCCCACAGAAACCAAACCAGAGGCUUUUCGCACCGUUCACUCUGGUAUAAAUCCAAAGCUGCUCCUUCUCAAACCGGGAGAAUCUCCUCUCCUGAAACACCCACCCUCCCUUUUGGCACAGGUGUCCAAGCAGCAGAAUGCGGCCGGCAAAGUGGCCAAUGCCCACAGCUCUUGGUCUGGCACCGUGUCUGAGGAGUGCCUUCCCCAAACUAUCUCAGCAGCAGACUCUUUAUGUGCUCCUGUGGCUCUCAGCAGCCAGACGGAUCAGACGCAGUGCUCUGUCAAUAAAACUUCAGUGGCAGCGGCUCCUGUCAGAGAGCAGCAGCCUGCUGUGAGCCGUAACAUUUCUCUCCAACUUGACCAAGCAGCAUCUGUCACCCCCACAACUCCAGCAAGCAAAUCUGAGGCCUUAACUGUUACCAAAACAGACCCAGCAUCUGAAGAUGUUGUCGCACCUACCGAUGCCCCCCAACUCGCUACGCCUCACGGCUUUGACACGGCGGCGGUGGAGAGGAAGCAAACAGCCACGACUUCCACCGGUCCCGAGGAACACGUUAGCCAGGCCGACUCCAUGUAUGUGGAGGAGGAGAGUGAGGACAUGGAGCAGGACGAACCGACGGGAGAAACCGAGGCCCAGGAGGCCACUUCAGGACAGGUUAGCAGUCCAGAGGAAGGCAGUGAUGAAGAACCUGACAAAAAUGACAUGACCACCCCCGGCUCGUCACACAAGCAUGGACAGAGCAGGACAGACAGAAAGGCACUGUUCCUGAAGGUACGCCAGUGGAUAGCAGACAGAGUCACCGUGAAUUCAUCCCCUGUUUCACCCUCCACGUCCUCCUGCCACCCCAGUCCCUCGCCCUCCGCUGACUGGUCCACAACACGGCGGGAGAGGUCCUCACCUCUGCGGGGUCCUCAUGGAAAGUUUGUUUCUCCUUCCUCUGUCGGAGGCUACAGUUCCUCCUCUUCCCCACCAGACCAGGCCACCACCCAGCGGUCCCGAGGAGAGCGUCACACUGACAUGGCAGAGCUGGCAAAGCAUGAAGCAGACAUUGAGCAUCGAACCCAGGCCCUGAAGCGAGAGGGAUUCUGGUCAAUGAAGCGUCUCACCCGCCUGACGGAGCCGCCGCGACCCAAAGUUCACUGGGAUUACCUUUGCGAGGAGAUGCAGUGGCUCUCUGCUGACUUUGCUCAAGAAAGGCGGUGGAAGAGAGGGGUGGCUAGAAAGGUGGUACGAAUGGUGAUGCGACACCACGAGGAGCUGAGGCAAAAGGAAGAAAAAGCCAAGAGGGAUGAACACGCUAAGAUCAGAAGAGUCGCCUCCUCCAUUGCAAAGGAAGUCCGGGCUUUCUGGAGCAGCGUUGAGAAGGUGGUGCAGUACAAGCAGCAGUCCAGACUGGAGGAAAAGCGGAAGAAGGCUUUAGACCUUCAGCUGGACUUCAUUGUCGGCCAGACAGAGAAAUACUCGGACCUCCUCAGCAAGUCUCUCGCUCCCACCAGGCCCGCUGAAACCGUCUUGACUCCACAGAAAUCUGCGCCGCCUCCCGUGGAUGAGGAUGACAGAGACUUCGAGCCUCCGUGUGAAGAGGAGGAUGACGAGGAGACCAUAGAAGUGGAGGAGCAGCAGGAGGGUAAUGAUGCUGAGAGCCAUCGGAGGGAGAUUGAACUGCUGAAGGAGGAGGGCAUGCUGCCGCUGGACCAACUGCUCAGCACCCUCAAACUGCCACAGGACUCGGGCUCAGACGAAGAAUGCUCCGAUGAAACCUCUUCAUCGGCGGGGGAGGAAGAGGAAGAUGGGGAAUUCACUGCCAAUGAAGAGGAUGCUGAAGAUGAGGAGGACACCAUCGCUGCCCAGGAGAAGGUGGAGGGAAAUGUAGAUCAUGCAGUGGAACUCGAUGACUUGGCCAAAGAGGGCGAUAUGAGUAUUGAGGAGCUGCUGGAGAAGUACAAAGGAGCUUACGCCUCAGACUUUGAGGCCCCGUCUGCUUCUGGCUCUAAAGCGAGCUCUGAUUCGGAGGAGUCUGGGGAUGACGAGGUGGAGACUGAGGAAGAUGAGAGCGAUGUGGAAAGCAACACUUCUUCCUCAGAUUCAGCAGGAGACAGUGCCGAAGAAGAUGAGAGUGAGAAGGAGGAAGAGGAGAGUGAGGAAGAAGAGGACGAUGACUGUGGAGAUGAAGGGAUGGAGGUCUUGCUAAAGGAGGGAGAUAACAGCCCACCUUCCACCAGUUCCCGGCCAAAGAAAGAGAUCAGCCACAUUGCUGCUACUGCAGAGAGCCUGCAGCCUAAAGGCUACACUUUGGCUACGACAAAGGUCAAAACCCCCAUCCCGUUCCUGCUUCACGGCACAUUACGAGAGUACCAGCACAUCGGACUCGACUGGUUGGUCACCAUGUAUGAGAAAAAGCUAAAUGGCAUCCUGGCUGAUGAAAUGGGUCUGGGCAAAACCAUCCAGACUAUCGCUCUGCUAGCUCACCUCGCCUGUGAAAAAGGUAACUGGGGCCCUCACCUCAUCAUCGUUCCCACCAGUGUGAUGUUAAACUGGGAGAUGGAGCUGAAGCGCUGGUGUCCAGGGUUUAAAAUCCUCACAUACUUUGGGAGCCAAAAGGAGAGAAAGCUAAAGAGACAGGGCUGGACGAAGCCGAAUGCUUUCCACGUGUGCAUCACUUCAUACAAGCUGGUGCUGCAGGACCAUCAGGCCUUCAGACGAAAAUCGUGGCGGUAUCUGAUCCUCGACGAGGCACAAAACAUCAAGAACUUCAAGUCUCAGCGCUGGCAGAGCCUGCUGAACUUCAACAGCCACCGGCGACUGCUGCUGACAGGAACUCCUCUGCAGAACAGCCUGAUGGAGCUCUGGUCUCUCAUGCACUUCCUCAUGCCCCACGUCUUCCAGUCCCACCGCGAGUUCAAAGAGUGGUUCUCCAACCCGCUGACGGGAAUGAUCGAGGGCAGUCAGGAGUACAACGAGGGCCUGGUCAAGAGGCUGCACAAGGUGCUGAGGCCGUUCCUGCUCAGGAGGAUCAAGGCCGAUGUAGAGAAGCAGAUGCCCAAGAAAUACGAGCACGUGGUGCGCUGCCGCCUCUCCAAGAGACAGCGGUUCCUCUACGACGACUUCAUGGCACAGGCCUCGACCAGGGAAACGCUGGCCAGCGGUCACUUCAUGUCUGUGAUUAACAUCCUCAUGCAGCUCCGCAAAGUGUGCAACCACCCCAACCUGUUCGACCCUCGACCGAUCCAGUCGCCCUUCAUCACGCAGCCCAUCGUUUUCCAUACGGCCUCCCUGGUGCAGGACGCGAUGGAGGUCUCUCCUUUAAAGCGCUGCGACCUUUCCAUGUUUGACCUUAUUGGCUUGGAGGGCCGUGUGUCCCGUUACCAGGCAGAUGUCUUCCUGCCGCGCCACAAGGUCAGCCGCCAGCUAAUCCAGGAGAUCAUGGAGUCCCCCGAACCCCCUCCGAGACCCAAACCGGUCCGCAUGAAGGUCAACAGGAUGUUCCAGCCACCUCCUAAAGGUGAUAAUCGACCGGUGCUGCUGAUGAACAAACCUACAUGCUCCGUUCCGCCUGCCGCUCAGACACCAAAACCUCCUCCAGUCACUGAAGUGGCCUCAACUCCUCCACCUGCUCCUGUAGUUCAGCAGGUGGUGUGUUCAGUGGCACUCACGCCUCCUACUCGCCCGUCUAUGCAUCCCACGGCUCAAACAGCAGUGAGAUCCAGCGCUCCCAAACCAGUGCUGACCGUUCGUCCUCCCGCUGCUCCCUGCACUGCCAGCAUUCCUGCUCAUCCCAGUCCAAACCCCAGCAGCGUCAUGCCCCAGAGGGUUCUGCUCAGUCCAGAUAUGCAAGCUAGGUUGCCUUCUGGUGAGGUCGUGAGCAUUGCCCAGCUCGCCUCCUUGGCAGGGCGACCGGUGUCGUCAUGUCAGGGCAGUAAACCCGUCACCUUCCAGCUUCAGGGCAACAAACUGACUCUGUCUGGAGCUCAGAUCCACCAAGUCCCAGCAGCUCCCCCUCGCCCAGUUCAAGGUAAUGUGAUGCACCUGGUGUCCAGCGGGGUGCAGCAUCACCUCAUCAGCCAGCCCGCUCAGGUGUCUGUCCAGAGCACCGCCAGCACACACCCUGCAAACACACCCUCCACUGCUGGUCCAGCAAACCGGCUGCCGAACAACGCCUCCGCUCAAGUGCCCUCGUCUGUGGUGAGCAGCCCCGGCGUCGUGAAGAUCGUUGUGCGUCAGUCAGCAGGCAAGGAAGGCGGGCCUGUGCCCACUCUGGCCGUGGCCCCUUCCCCUCGCAUUGCUCCUCAAGCAUCCCCUUCCCUGUACCCCAACACAACCCCUGUCAGGAACACUGCUCCACUGCAAAUUGCCCAGCGCACCCCCGGCCCUGCUACCGCCACCUACACCAUAGCUCCUCCCAGAAACCCUAGCUCCACCCCGAACCAGCCCCAGGCCCCUCGCCCCGUCCUCAAAGUAGUUCAGCCUCCUCCAGCAAGCGCAGAGCAGCCAGCUCCAGCUCAGGUGACCUCCUCAUCCUCUACGUCCAAGACUUCAGCAGCAACACGGGACAACAGCAGCAGCAGUCAAACACCAGCCACCACAAAGUCAAAGCCCAGUCUGAGUGCAAAAGCCUGCCCUCCACCCAGGAGGAUGCCUUGCCCACCUCCACGCUCCCCUUUCUACAUGUCAUGGCUGGCAGAUAGCCACAAACAGCAGCGCAACAGCCGGCUGGACUUUAUCCUUCGAGUCAACGAGCACCACUGUGGGGCAAAACCCAUGUACGGUCGGGAGGUGUUGGACUUCCUGACUUUUCUGCCCGGCCCUCGUCCGUCACCGGCCGCCCUGAGCUCUCAGCCGGACUGGAGCCGCUCGGGUCACAGCAGCUGUCUGUACGCACAGCAGCAAAACAAACACGACUACUGGUUUCAGAGCCACGCCGUCAGAGAGGCCAUCCACAGCAUAGAGGAGCGGCUGGAGCUGCUCACUGAUAUCAUAGACAGGUUUACAUUUGUGAUUCCCCCAGUGGAGGCUCCUCCGAUCUCAAUGCACUGCUGCCAUCCUCCUCCCUCUCUGAGCCACAAGCAGGCGGUUUUCUCCUCCAUGUUGUCAACACAAGUUGUUCCGCUCACCGGCAGCCUCCACCACAUCCAGUGUUACAUGAGGACCCAGUUCCCCGACCUGAGGCUCAUACAGUACGAUUGUGGUAAGCUUCAGACUCUCCACACUUUGCUGCGAAAGCUGAAGACAGGAGGCCACCGGGUGCUGAUCUUCACUCAGAUGACACGCAUGUUGGAUGUGCUGGAGCAGUUCCUCAACUACCACGGACACAUCUACCUCCGUCUGGACGGCAGCACCCGAGUGGAGCAGAGACAGGCCCUAAUGGAGCGCUUCAACGCAGAUCGUCGCAUCUUCUGCUUCAUUUUGUCGACUCGCAGUGGAGGUGUUGGUGUUAAUCUGACUGGAGCCGACACCGUUGUCUUCUACGACAGCGACUGGAACCCCACCAUGGACGCCCAGGCUCAGGACCGCUGCCAUCGUAUCGGCCAGACCCGCGAUGUUCACAUCUACAGGCUGAUCAGUGAGCGCACAGUGGAGGAGAACAUUUUAAAGAAAGCCAACCAGAAGAGGAUGCUGGGAGAUAUGGCGAUAGAAGGAGGAAACUUUACCACCGCCUUCUUCAAACAGCAAACCAUCCGAGAGCUGUUUGACGUGAACGACGGGGAGAAGAGAGAGGUGGCGGUGGAGCUGUCGGUGCCUCAAGCUGAGGAGGAGGAAGGUGUAAACAAACAGAGCACCACUAUUCUGGAGCAGGCGCUGUGCCGUGCCGAGGAUGAGGAGGACAUCGUCGCAGCCUCGCAGGCCAAAGCAGAGCAGGUGGCCGAACUGGCGGAGUUCAACGAGAACAUACCGCUGGACGACGGAGGGGAGCAGGAGGAGGUGGAGGAGCUCUCCAAAGCCGAGCAGGAAAUCGCUGCUCUGGUGGAGCAGCUCACUCCCAUCGAACGCUACGCCAUGAACUUCCUGGAGGCCUCAUUAGAAGAUGUAUGCAAAGAAGAGCUGAAGCAGGCUGAGGAGCAAGUUGAAGCUGCCAGGAAGGGUCUGGACCAGGCCAAGGAGGAAGGCCUCAAACUCCACGCUUCAUCGGAUGACGAUGAGGACGACUAUUUGACGGCACCAGCUUCUGCAGAGCCUGCUCAGCCAGCUCCGGCCCGUCGUGGUCGUAAGCCCAAGGAGAAGACCGUCGCCUCGACAAGGACCAGUGGCCGACUUCGUGGAGCUUCGCCUGAAACGGAGCCGGAGCCCACGACCCCUAGAGAAGUGCCUGAAAGACUCCGCUUCGGCCUGAGAGGACGAGGAGCUGCCAAAGACGCUGCUACUGUGUUGACCACCCUGUCCCGCUCAGACCAUCCCAGAACCUCCUCAUCAAGCAAGCUUCAGGAUUCCUCCAAAUCCUCCAAAGCAUCAUCUCCCGCCAGAGAUCACCAGACGGUCAAAACCAGAACUCAGCCGAACCGCUCCCAUCCCAGUCCAGUGCCUUCCCCUCCCACCAGCUCCCCUCCUGGAGGGAAACACCAGAGUUCUGGGGAGACUGACGACAAGACCUCCAAAGUAGGCAGAGAGGAGAAGGAUGUGGAGAAUGAGAGGAGAGUUUCUGAGUCAUUGCUUGAGUCCAUCUGCCCAGCGGAGCAUCAGACAAAAGAUGAGGACAACAAGGACCACAGCGCCAUGUCUCCUCCCUCCACCAGCUCCCGGUCGCCUCGUAAGCGUCAGUCAGCAGACGAUGAAGUCCUGCGGGGCCUAGUUGAAGAUUCACCUUCAGCCAAAGUCCUGCGGAAGCUCCCAGGCAGGCUGGUCACAGUGGUGGAGGAGAAGGAGCCGAGAAGGAGGAGGCGGCGAGGAAGCGGCACUGGAGGUGGAGGUUCUUCAGAGGAGGCAGUCGUGGAGGAGAACGCUGCUGGAUUCGUUGACGAAUCAAACAAAGACAAUGCAUCACCGAGCCCUGAUGGAAAAUCUAAAGCGACUGUUACCAAAUCCCCUCAGGACCAAGACUCUACCCCACCUCCAGCUGUGCAGCCACAGCCUGUCAGAGGUUAUCCUCCUUAUUCUCCACCUCAUCUUUCCCCUGACAUGCCUGUGCUGAGAAACCUUCCUGUGCGACGCAGGCUGGAAACUGAAUCUCGCAUGGCUGCUCAGCUGGGAGAGCAGCUGCUGGGCAGAGGAAGAGGAGGGAGCCAGUCCAAGAAAACCGACACGCCACCAAGCAAAGACGCAGCUUCAGCCUCUGCAGAGUCCAGUAUGAACUCACUUGGAACUCCGUUGAAAAGAAAAAGGGGCCGGCCCCCUAAGACUCCCCCUAGAAUAUCUGAGACUGACAGCACCACAACAACAACUCCUUCACCACAGCCCACCUCACCGAGUGAGGAAGGGAACCCUACACUGUCCCCCAAACGUAAAAGAGGUCGUCCUCCUAAAGACUUUGUCACCACUGCAGAUGCUGUUGGUGAAGAACAGAUCUCUGAUGUAUCUGCUACAUCAAAAACUGAUAUUAGCACAGAGGCAGCAGACGCAUUGGAGACUCCUGCUGCUGUUUUCAACACAAGUCUGGACUCAGAGUCAACCAAAGCUGAGGAAACAGACACUAAGACUGAAGUUUCAGCCCCUGCAGCAAAGACAAAUCAAGACUCCACAUCAGUAUCAGCUUCAGAUCAGGUAACCUCACCCUUACCUGUGGCUGUUUCUACCGAGGUUGUUAGUUCAGCUCCUGCUACAGACACCACGUCCUCCGUCAGUGUGUCCACAAGUGCCACUACUCAAGUCGCUGCCACAGCUCCAUCACCACCUGCCAGCACCGUGCCAUCGACCGCUGCGGGUGACAAACCAGCGCUUGUGGUAUUUGCAGCUUCCGAGGCUGUCGUAGAGCCAAACUCUUCACUAUCGGCACCCGUGAGAACAACAGGACCAGACUCUGCCAAAACCACCACAGUUGCCACACCAGUUGCUUCCACUCCGCCCAGCGUGUUGCCUGCAGCUUCACCUUCAACAGACCCAACCACAAUAGCUGCAACUAGAGCAUCAAAAACAGCCAGUGAUACACCAGCAGUCACCACUACAGUGAAAUCACUCACAACAACUGCUGCUGUAAAGGCCGCGCCGCUAGACUCUGCUGUAGCUGCUUCAACCUCCACCCCACCUUCCCCUCAGAAGCUUCCGGCAACUUCACCAAGCCCGGCUACAGCUUCACCAAAACCAGCCUUUACAGCUGCAUCACCUCCACUACAAACAGUCCAAUCUAGCUCAACAGCUUCAGUACAAACAGGUAUUUCAAACUCAAGCCUGACUACGUCUGACAUCACUUCUACAACACCGCAAGUAAGAAAUGUUGCACCACCUACUGUAAAUACACCUCCACCUUCUUCACCCAAAGCAAGGACUAAUGUCACAACUACCAAAACUCCAGUCUCAACCUCACCACCACCAACAACAACAACAACAGACAUUCAUGUGGCUGCACAGGUUCAGACAUCUACCGAGUCUGUCAAGUCUCCAGCUACAUCAGCGACGUCCUCUUCAUCUCCGACUACGUGUGCUGCAGCAACUUCAUCACCACAACCAGAGGCAGUUAAAAUACCACCACCUGUACCUACAGCACCUUCCAAAGUACACACUUCCAUUUCUUCUACACCUGUAACAGCUGCAGAAAAGACUAAGACCCCAGUAACAGCUUCCACAGAGCCCACACCAGCUCCACUAACAGUCACCACAACUACAUCACCCUCAGAAUCCUCUGCUGCCACCACAACUACACAAGUAUCCACUAUUACCGUAGCAACAGUCGCAGCAUCCACAGCUGCUCCUGCGUCUGUCACACAAAGCAGCACAGUCAUUUCCCCACAAGUGCAAACCUCCGCAGCCACAUCUGCUCCCACAUCUGGUGCUUUACCUGAGAAACAGUCUGUAGAGCCGACGCAGGAAGAGUCUGAAAGUGAGCCGGACAGGCCGACGGAAAUGGAAGUAGAUGCUGUAGAGGCCGAAGCAAAGAAUAGCAAAGAGAAGGAUGACAAAAAGCAGGACGUCUCCAAGUCUCAGCCUAAAAGAAGAAAAGUGGAGCGUUCCUCUGAGACCAAAGGCAGCGAGUCGGGAAGGGACAGAGGAAGAGAGGCGAAGACUCAGACCAAUCCUCAGAAAGAAGAAGCUAAGCAACAAACUGAGGAGAAAAGUACAGAAGAUCAGAAAACUCCCAAUCAGAGAAGGUCCCUCAGUCGGCAGAGCAGCCAGGAGUCGACACGCUCCUCCUCGCCAUCAUCUGGCUGCUCUACGUCCACACUGACCCGCCACGCUCAUCACAAGAGGACGUACGAGAACAGACAUCCUGCCAAGAGGAGGCGGAUGGACGUCACCUCAGAGGCCGGGACAGAGGACAAAAAGGAAGAGGGUGGGGAGAAGGAGGAAGGCAGUGAGACGGAGGCCAGCGCUACCGUCUCUAGAAGGAGGCGCUCCAGGUCUCCCUCCUCCUCCUCCGACUCUGACAGCAGCGGCAGCAGGAAGGAGCACCGGCUGACUCGCUCAGCCAAGCGCAAGCUGCAAGACGAGGAGACAGAAAAAGGCAACAAGGAAAGGAAAGGUUCAAAACCUUCACGUAGCUCAGAGAGAAAUGCCUCAAACAACGCCAACGCAUCCACAGGAGGAGAGUCGGGCAGCGACACGUCUUCUGUUAGGCUCACCAGAAAGUCUGCAGGAUCUCAGUCUCCACAGGAAAGCAAACCACAGACGAACAGCGCUCCCCCACUGCCUCCUGAGCCAGAAGUUCUGGGGAAAAGAUGCUCGGCGCUCAAUGCAGCCGCCAAGCUUCUGGCGAUGAAAGGCAGAGUGGACACGCCGGGUCACACCACCCGGAGAGACUCAGGAGCUAAAGCUGCUGGGACUUCCACCGCCUCCCCUUCUGACAAAAACCAAAAGCCUAAAAGUAGAAGUGUACCAGCCUCUCCCCAGACCAACUCUGUACCUCUCACCAAUAACAAGAACGGUGGCAGCAAACCUGUACCGCCCAAUCAGACGAGCCGCCUUGCGUCCCGCUCCACCAGACAGUGUCCUGGUUCUCUGGUUCCACCUCUGGAGGAUGAGUACAAGAGGUCUAGACCGGAGGACAAAGACAGGGGCAGCAGGAAGCCACCGAGGGCAAAGGAAGGCGAAGGAGAGGCUCAGUCUACAUCGCGUGGCCACAGCGCCUGCAGCAGCAUGAGCAGCGACGGCGAGGGCGACGGCGGCGGACGCAGCAGCCGGAGCCGCAGCAGCAGCAACAGCAGCCAACGGACCCACAGCAUCAGCUCUCAGAACACGGAGCGCCGAGGGUCCCGGUCACGCGCCGCCUCCUCCGGCAGCGAGCGCAGCUCCGAGCGGGCCAAGAGUCAGGACACAAAAGAGAAGCAACAAAGGGAGAGUCGGAAGGACAGCAGGAGGUCUCAGAAGCUCCCGCAGGAAGUGACGAGCAGCUCGGGGACUGAGGGGACGCCGGACCGGGUGCUGAGGAGCGUCGCAGCACUCGCGGCGGUUCAGGCCCGGUCACCGGCCGCCAGCACCCGCUCCUCCUCCAGUCAGCAACGUCACAACAAGACAUGAUCGGAGUGCCAAAGGGAAAAGCGAGAGUGUUGCCGAGCAUGUCACGACCUCCUGCUUUGUCUGCACUCUGAGGAAAGCAAGGGAACUGAGUGCUGCACAAGCCAGGGACCUCCCUGCCUCUCGGGCCCUCUCCCUUUCUAACUGGAGCUGGUCCCCUCGCCAGCUCACAUAUUGACGCUGGGGGAAGGCUCAGGGAUGCUGGACUGACAGUAAAAAAUAAAGUGGCGCCAUUGUCGUGCGUCCGUGAACAGACAGAGAGGCAGAGCGGUGGAGAAAUCCAUCGCUGGGACUUGAAGGAGAAAAGGUAAAAAAAAGGCAAGUUGUUAGUUCACAUUAUGUACUGUAAUCAUUAAAGACUGGAACACUCAGAUCCUCUGUGUUAAGAUGGGAUUAUACGGCGCCCUCUGUUAGGGUUAUACAUGAAAAGUCAUUUGUGUGACAUUUAAAUUUUUUGAGUGACCAGUUGUAUUGUAAGUUGGAGGUUUUAGAAAGCUUGGGUUUUGACAAAUUUUGUCAGCUGUCCUGACUAUUGUUUCUUUGUAGUCAGUUGAUAAGUUAUGCAUAUUUUAUUAUUUCUUCCAGGGUAUUAGGAAGAGAACAGAUCUGUCAAUGUGAUCUUUGCUGCACUAUGCUGGAGCUUGUCUUUGCUUGGGCCCCUUUUUUUCCACGUCGAUUUCUGUUCAUUUGGAUUCAGAUCCAGCCUUGCAUAUCUCAUUUGCACAUCUGACAACGUGGCCCUCGGCUCUCGAGUACAUUGUGGCGUGGUGAUGCGUUUUGUACAUCAACUUAAUUAAUUGGUACUUGCCGAUGUAUCUCUACAGAAAUGUAUGAAUUGAAGUUGCAAAUUGUCCGGAAGGCGUUUUGCUUUACACCACAAAUCCAUCGUUUUUUUUCUCUCCCAAUCUUCCCAAAGGCAGUUACAGUCGUCAUGUAUUUAUACUGUAAGGGCGAGUAAAUGUUAGUGAAAUUUAAAGAGUGCCUCUUUGGCCAAAUGGUUUUGAACCUCAGAUUGCCUUGUGAAGCACCUGAAGCAGCAGGGGUGUUGAGCUUCUCUUAUUAAAAAAAAACAACAGCCAAACAAACUUAAAAAAAACAAAACAACACAACUCCCCUGCGAAACAUUCAGAAAAGCACCCCAUGCAUCAGUGCUACCAAAUUAAUGUUUAUUUUUCACCUGGAAUUUUGUCACCAUCACUUCAUUGCUCUUGGUUCAUGUAAUAAGAAAAAAAUACUUGGACGAAAUAUGUGAAUAAAAUUACUGGUACAGUUCCAGAUGACUGUAAAUUGUCGAUUUCCUUUCGGACUCGUUGAGCAGCGGUGAUACCUGGCGAGGGAUGGAUGGGUAGUUUAUGGUGAUGGUCUUACUUUUUGAUUUGUCUCUCUUUAUUUGUUGCAUUCCUUUUGAUCCCUUGUAAUUCCACAUUGUUUUACUUGAAAAUUAAGACAAUUACAGUUGAAUAAAAAGACCAAAAAUUAGUUGA